AUGGAAAAGUAUCGUUCACGAAACAGCGAUCCAUCUGUUUCACAGCAAAAAGGAACGAGUUCUAGUGGUGAUAAAUGCUCGAUUUGUUUGGGGAUUCCGAUAUUUGAUGAAGCAAGUUUGGAUGGUUGUUCACAUAAGUAUUGCUAUCCGUGCAUAACUGAAUGGAUCAAGUUACGACCGAUCUGUCCGAUGUGUAAACGUCCAGUAGCAAAAGUUACCCAUCAAGUGAAAGUUGACAGCGAUGCUGAGACUACAGAAGAAAUAUCAGUGGAGACAAUUCAGCGGCAAGCGAUAAGAGAAAGAAUUGAAGCCGAUUCUGUACGCCCACUUAUAAGAGAACGUGCCGAAUUAGUACGUCGUAUACGUCAUCUUCAGAGACUUGUUCGUUUGCACGAUCAUGUAUUCAAUGAAAGGCAAAGAUCAGAAAUGUUGGAAAGUGAUAGCCGUCGACAUGAAUAUGUGGAUCGGAUUAAUCGUUAUCAGUUGCUUUUGGAUAAUUGGGAACGACCAAGACGUGAAAUAAUAUCCGAUCCAACAUUUCGAAUCUUGGUUUAUGAGCUUCGGCUACAGCGCGUUCCAGUAGUUAAUACUAUUAAUACAGGGAUUCGUCGCAAUAGUGUUUCACCGCAGUAUUUUCGAGAUAAUGAAAUAAAUGAGCGAACACGAAUUUCUGAGUUUGUCCAACGUGAGCUUAAUGCUAUUGUGCCAGGUGCGAACAAUUUGGAACGUGUUGUUGAACUUGUGUACAAUUUAGCCAAGACUCAUCAGAUCAUGUCACCGCAAUUCACAUCUUGUCUUCGAAAGGAAUGCUUUGCUUUAAUCAAUUUUGUUGAUCAUUUUGUGGAAUUGUUGUAUGAAUUUGCUGUCAGUGGUCAGGAGAUAUCUCUAUUUGAUCAAAAUAGCGAAUAUAUCAGCAGAGUAGAAUAUAGGCGACGAUUGACAAAUAUGAAUUUGAUGCUCGCUGGAGAUAAUAUCGAUGACGAUAUUCAGGUAGAGCUAGACAAUCUAUACCCACCUAACAGAAAUCAGACUUCUGGACAGAUACUGACACAUCGUGUUGAAAGAAUGUCGCCAUCGCAUUUGCAUUUUGUAUCUGCUUACACUGACGCGUUAAUUAGUUUGCAACGCUUGCUUCUUAUCCUUGAAACAACUGAUGAGACACUUCCUCCAAAUGACGAAACGACUCUGGGCGACACAAUCGAAGCAAUUAUUCAAGCUUGCAUGGAAUAUCGUCAUCGAAUGCGAAAUAGACGAGAAAAUUCAAAUCAGCGAAGAAUGCGACAAAAUAACGAUCGCAAUGGGGAAAUUAUUUUAAGUGAUGGUGAUGAUGACGAACAGGGUCUUUCAAGUAUUACUAGCAGAGAAAAUUCCACAGUCGUUUCUCAUAAUCGACGUCGAUUUGAACGUUUACAUCGACGUCGCAGAAGUCAGCGAUUAAUGGGUUUGCAAGCCCGUCAUGGGUCAUUACAUUCUGGUUUCGAUAUUUUUCGCCAUGGAUACGUGAGUAGAAUGUUACUAGGUAUUGAUCGAACUAGAGAUGUUGUCAACUCUGUGAGAGAUAUGUUGUCAGUGCAUCCGAAUAUCUCAUUCACAGAAGGUCCAGGUGAAGUGGUGGGAGUGAAUGCAUCAUUGAAUAGUGAUGCAAUUAUCGAUUUGGAGGGUCCAUCUACUUUGGGUGAUGACGAUGUUAUGGUCAUAAGUGAGUCAUUUGAAGUAGACCGCCAUGGCAGAAAUGUCAAUAAUGAUGAUAUUCUUAUUGAUGAUGAUGCUCAAGAGCCAAGAUGUCAUAAUUGA